AUGAAAAUUACCGAUACCACAAACAACAUUACAGUGUCAAAAUGGAACGAUGAAAUAGUUACAAGUUUAAUACCAAACCUUAUCGUAACUUCCGUUUAUCUGGUUCUGGGGAUAUGUGGAAACGUCCUUGUUUUGUUUGUGUAUACGUUUAAGAUGAAGAAGCGAUCCGAUGAAAGAUAUUUCAUUCCUGUUCUAGCUGUAUUUGACCUAGUAGCAACAUUCUAUAUCGGAUCAUAUGACGUAUUUCAGUGUUUACACCAAGUUAACUUUUCAAACGAUAUAUUAUGUAAGGCAGCACAAUACUUUGUAGGAGUAAAUACUUUCAUGCCAAUCACAAUUUUGAUUAUUAUUGCAUUUCAACGGUAUGUCAAAAUAUGUAUGCCUCUGAAACAAGCAAUGCCACCCUCGAUGAAAAAAACGUUAUUGUCAUUUGCAAUAUUGCUAUCUAUAUUGAUUGCGUUACCAUUGCCUUUUGUAUACGGUGUGAUUCCUUUCCAGAGUACAGACAAAACAAUUACAGGAAUGCGAUGUGGAAGGAUUAAGAAGGGACGUGUUCUAAUAAGAAUUGUAUAUGCCGCUGUACUUGGCUUUUUUGCGAUUGUUAUAGUAACAACACUUAUUGUGCUCUAUUCUAGAAUUGGAUACGUUGUGUUCCGAAUUUUCAAAACUAAUAAACAAACUAGUACUAGCAGUCAAAGCGAGGACACAGAACAAGAAAAACAAGAUGAUAGCUGUAAUCAAGAGGGAGACACAAUUGAAACCACCUCUGACGAACAAAUUCCAGAAGUUAAGCAGAAUAGUGAGGAGGAAUGCUAUGUUAAAAGUCCUGCUUCGCCUGUGUCUGGAUCGCGAAAAAGAAGAAUAAAUAACCGUCGGAUUUCAUAUAAACUGACAUUCAUGUUUUUCGUUAUUACUGUUGUAUUUAUACUCAGUUAUAUACCGAAAAUAAUACUAAUGAUUAUCGAAGGGAUAUACAAAGACUUUUGGGAGACUAUACCAACCAGCACAAGAUCUGGUGCCAUGUUUGUUAACCAUAUAUUCAUUUUAAAUAACAUUGCAAACCCUUACAUCUAUGCUUUUAUGGACAAGAAGUUUCGCGAUGAAACAAAAACGUUUUUAAAACGUGUCUUUAGCAAGAUACAAUGUAUGUAAUUUAAUCUCUCAAGAACUAAAUUGAUACAGAAUUUAACAAAAGUUUGGUAAAGUAUGUGAUAUGAAUAUAAGAAGACGUGUAUGUCAAUUCACAUGUCAACAAUGACUUAAAGUAUGAACAUCGGACUUCGCUUGAACUGAAUUUAUUGUACGUAUGGUUAUGCGUUUACUUUUUUACAUUGGCUAGAGGUAUAGGGAGAGGAUUGAGAUCUCAUUAAUAUGUUUAACCCCGCCGCAAUUUUGCGCCUGUCCCAAGUCUCUGGCCUUUGUUUUUCUUGUAUGAUUUUUAAUUUUAGUUUCUUGUGUAUAAUUCGGAGUUUGGUAUGACGUCCAUUAUCAAUGUACUAGUAUGCAUAUUUUUUAAGGGGCCAGCUGAAGGACGCAUCCGGGUACGGGAGUUUCUCGCUACAUUGCAGACCCAUUGGUGGACUUCGGCUGUUGUCCUCUCUAUGGUCGUGUUGUUGUCGCUUUUACAUAUUCCCCAUUUCCUUUUUCAAUUAAAUACAAAUAAUUUUCCUGUUAUGUUAUAAUAUAUGCAAUAUAUCAAUUUAAGAAUAAUAGUGAAAAACAUUGCUAAAGAUGAAAACAACACGCUAUAAAUUGUAUG